GCAACCUCCACCGGUCUUCGCCUCGGAGCAGCGAGAUCCCUACAGAAGAGGCAGGUGGACUCCCCUGGGACUUGGUUUCACUCAAGAGAAAUGAAUGCAAUAUAGCGCACGCAUUCGUCGGGGUGGACAUUUCUAAUCGCUUUCAUCUUCUCAACUCCUUCCCUGCAUUACAGAAACAAACCGAAACCGGGCUAAAUGAGUGCCCGGACCUUGGAGAGACUGGCGCUUUCCAUUCCCCAUUGUGCUUUAAACGGAACCGCUCGGAGUAACAAUGGCACCUGCUUUGACCGGGUGGAUCAGCUGUUCCAGGCGUUCUCAUCCACUGCCGUGCUUUUCGUGCUCAUCGCGAUGAUCAUUGGGAUCAUUUUCGUCUCUGUCACGACCUUCCACUUUCACAAAAGCAAGAUGAAAAAGCGCAAGAUCCAGAAAGCCCAAGAGGAAUACGAGCGCGACAACUGCAGUCCUAAAGCGGCCAAAGGCAAGCCGGUGGUCCGACAGUGCAUCAUGGUGAGACCCCCCACGGCAGUGCGGAAAAGUGACCCAAACACUGAGAAUCCUGGCGUGACACCUGUGACCCCAGAGGACACGACACACACAGGGCAGAUGAAGGACGAUAACUUGUUGGAAUCGGUCGCUGUGUCUUGAUAACGCAGUGUCAGCCUUUGACGAACACUGUAAAUACAACCUAUGUAUUCAUAUGAUAUUGCCUACGGAAUGUAUAAAUCCUUUGUUUAAGCGUCAGAGUUGAUAAGUUUUCAUCACAAGCUGUGGAAGAAAUCUAUGAACGGUCUUGAAGCAUCACUGUUUUUUGAGAAGGAGAAAAGUCUCCUCAAAAACCCUUAAGGAAUGCUAGUGGAUAUUGUUUCAUAAUUUGGAGUCAAUCCUAAUGGAAUCAAAAAAGAGUCAUAUUAGAAUUAAGCAACAUCGUACUGGAUAAUCUGGAAUUCUGGGGAAAAAAGGGCAUGAUGGAAUUUCUAUCACAUAUUGGAACCGAUCCUAAUAGAUUCAGUUAAGAAUCCUGUAAGAAUCAAAUAAGAUUUGGAAUAGGCAAAAUUCUGAAUGAAAUGGCAUGAAUCAGUUAAUCCAGUAGUAUUAAAUGCAAAUUCAUUUUUAUAUAAUUUGGAGCAAAUCCUAAUGGAAUAAAAUAAUCCUGUAAAAAAUAAAAUCCUGCUGGAUUAUCUGUAAAUCUGGAGAGACAAAAAACAAAACAAAAAAAAGUCACGAAUCAGUUAAUCCAGUAUGAUUGUAUUGAAUAUUAAUGACACUUCUAUGAUAAUUUGGAGCUAAUCCUAAUGGAAUCAAACAAGAAUCCUACUGGAAUAGGAUUACAUUCGGAAUAGCUGAAAUUCUGGAAAAAGCAUUAAUCAAUGAAUCCAGGAUUUAAUAGGAUUAUAUUGAAUGCUAAUGGAAAUUCUAUCAUAAUUAUUUGUCAAAUUGAUCAAAAUGGGAUCAAACAGGAAUCCUCUAAUCACAUCCGUUCAUAUUGGAUAAACAAAGGCUUAUUUAUUUAUUUAGAUAUUUAUUUAUUUACAGGAAGUCUUGUCAUCCAGUAGGAUCUUAUUUCAUCCCUUUAGGUUUGGCUCCUUGUUUCGAUAAAAGGUCCAUUAACAUUCCUUUAGGAUUUUUUGACAAGCGGAUUGUCUUAUCUACUCUUCUUCAUAUUGUCCAAGAGGAACAAUUGUAAACAGGACAUUAGUUUGACCAAUUAUGGACCUUCUGACAGAAUACAGUUAGAUAUUACUGAAUGAUAUUUUGUAGGAUAUUGUGAAAUUCCUCACAGUUAAAGGGACUUGUAUAAAUCCUGUAUAUUCGCUGUCCAGUGCUGCGGUGCUGAAAUAAGGACCCAAACCUUGGUUUCCAUUGGGCAGAAUCAAAAAUACACUCCAGUUUUCUUUUGUUUUGAGUUUCCAAAACUCUUAGGUGUCACUCAUUUAGACAACAUUUUGAUUUCUUCUGACAAAUAGAUUUCUUAAUUUGGAUUUUUGUUUUCAUUCAUCUCAGUGGCUUUUUCAAGACAGAUGCACAAAUGGUGCCAUUCUGGCUCCGCAUGAAUAGGUUUAGUGUUUUAACCCCUUUAUUCCCGAGACUGGCAAAGUGCAAUUGCAGCUGUUAUAGUGGUAGUAUAGCCUAUCUAUUUGUUUUGUUUAUGGCACUGUAUAACCAUAGUAAAACUUAUGUAACCUAAGGCAUUUCGGUUUUGUGUUACAGCUCUGUAUUAAUGCUUUCCUUUUGCCUUUUGCUCUAGAUUAAUAAAACAGUAAUGAUGAAGUAUUAUGUUUUACUCUUAGAAUUUUAAAAUAGUGUAUCAAUCAAGCUACAAAGAAUAAGAUACCAUUUUAUAAGUCAUUUUAUUUAUUUUCUUGGCUUUGUGUUGAAUUGGAAAUGGGAGUUAGAGACAAAAUCACGUAUUGUAACAGACCGAAAUUUGAACAUUUGUUUUAUUUUGUUCAAUGCAUACAUUUUCUUUUUUAAAUUACAAAUAA